CAGGCAGAGUAUAAAAGGGGGGCGAGGCGGAGGAAGGGACUUGUUUUUGUUGAAGGAGUUGAAGCAACACAGAGCUGAGCAGAGAGAAGCAGAACUUUUAAACCAAGGGAUUGGGGGAGUGAGGAGGCACUGCAGGCAUGUGGGCUUGUCUCAGCCUGCUCCUCACUCUCUGCCUGCUCCAUGGGGGCGGAGCAGAGAGUGAGAGGGACGGGCGAAAAUGUCAGCUGCCACCACCUUGGCAGAUAGGGGAUGUGGAGCCGAUGAAGGGAACCAUGGGCCGGGUGUCAGUGGUGGCCCUUUUCCAGGCCAGCUGAUUGUUCUGCUUGGUGCAGGCUUCCAGACUGGAAAGCCUGCGCCAAAAGCUUGAUCUUCAGGGUCUGAAAGAUGUGGUCUACAUUGUCAUCAACGACCAGGGGGAGCAAGCACAGCGCCUGCACCCAAUGCUGGCAAGGAAGCUGUCAGAGAACAUCACACUCUACAAGCAGGACGAACAGCAGCCUAAUGUCUGGCAGACACUGAGUGGAGAGAAGGAUGACUUCCUCAUUUAUGACAGGUGUGGACGUCUCACCCACCACAUUACACUUCCAAAUUCCAUCAUUGGACUUGGGCAUGUGGAAACUGCCAUAAGAGAUACCUACUGCAAACCCCUCUGUGGGAACUGCACCUUUAUGAGCACUGAGCCACCUGAGGAAUGCACAGCAGAUGUGCAGCCUGACGCUGACGCCCCCCGAGAGGAAGACACUGGUCACCAUCAUGAUCACGGGCAUGGGGCUCACCAUGGUCAUGGCCACCGAGGGGAAAACCAUGGUUCUCACCCACAUGGCUCCAGUCUUGGCGAUGGUCACGACCAUGGUCAGCACCAUGGAAGCCAUGGAGGUCACGGUGGUGGUAACAACCAUGGUCAGCAUCAUGGAGGUGAUGAUGGCUUUGGCCAUGGUCGGGAUCACCACCAGGGACGUGGUCAUGAUAACAGCCAUGGUCAUGGCCAACAGGGGGACCAUCACUCCCGUGGCUACGGUCACGGGCGUUGUGACCACGGUCAUCAUCAUGGUGAUGACCAUCAGGGUGCUAGACAGCAGGGGCAGGAGCAAGAUGUAGCAGUACAACAUCAAUUGAAAUUAAAGCAGCUGGUAAUGCAAAUGCAGCAGAUGCAGCAGAUGCAGCAGAUGCAACAGGACGCCCUGGCGGCCCCUGUGGCGCCCUGAGUAGCAGAACAUGCGAGGUGAAAGUCAAAGCACAGCUGACAGUGGACAGCAGGCUCUGACAAUGAAGCCUCUCCAAAGUCCAGCUGAUGCUGACACUGACGCAGGUUGUUUGGCGAUGCAGGGAGCGAGCAGCCGGUCGGUCUCUGACACUGUGACGAGGCGUUACCCGCCUCCUGACAGUGACACGGACUGACAGGCGGUUUAGUCAAUUCUGUCAAGGAGAACUGACAGUGACGCUCGCCUCCUGCUGACUGACAGCAGCCUCAGUCAGCCCCCUGAGCCUGACCCCCCGGUGCGAGCUGAGCGUGAGAGCAGCUGUAAGCUGGCUCUGACAUCAGAAACACCAGGGGCCCAGCGCUCUUUUUUACCAGCUAGUAUUUCCCUGAGAGAGGAACAGGGUGAUCCAUGACAGCAUGGAGAGAUGAACAGGUGGAGUCCAACAUCACACUCAAAUAGACAAAAUCAGGGCAAUGAAUACAUCAAGUAAAUAAUUUAUUGGCAGCUUGUCAACUUAAAUAACAUUUGGCAAAAUGUUUAUAAAUUAUAACAUUGUUCUCUUAAAGGGAUACUUCACCCCUUUGCAUUAAGCUUUGUAUCAUUAGAAACCUAGUAGUAUUUUUGAAUGGU